UCAGGUAUACAUGUAUGUUACCCAUAUGCCUUUGCUUCGGUUUCCUCGUAAAGGAGCUGUGGCUCCCUCUGGACUUACAUAUAUGUUUGAAGCGGUGCCGGUUCUUCGUGAUAUCGGCCGCAUCAUCAUCAUCAUCAACAACGCAGUAACAUCGGCAUUUCUUUCUUGUCCCUCAUUUUUCCCUUCUGUUUCCUCGAUCUACCUUUUUUUUUCCCCUCCCUUUGGACCUAGAAAGCUCUUCGACCUCAAUCUCAUCCUCGAAAGCUUGCGACGAUGUCGGACAACAACUCAGACCUAGCAACCUUCGCGUACUACAAAUAUGACCCGUCCACAGCAGCCAAUGCCAUCUUCGUCGCCUUGUUCAGCAUCACCGCCGUCGGCCACGCGUUUCUGCUCGCUAGGAACAGGACGUGGUACUUUAUCCCGUUCUUGGUGGGAUGUCUUUUCGAAGCAGUCGGUUACAUAGGUCGUGUGAUCUCCGCCGGGGAAACACCCGACUGGACCUUGACGCCGUACCUCAUACAGAGUCUCCUGAUCCUCUUGGGACCCUCCCUCUAUGCCGCGUCCAUCUACAUGAUUCUCGGCCGACUCACUUGCAUGCUGGAGGCAGAGGCGUACUCGGUCAUCAGGGUGAAGUGGUUGACCAAGAUAUUCGUGUUGGGUGACGUCUUUUCAUUUCUGGCGCAGGGUGCUGGCGGCGGCAUGCUCGCCAAGGCUACCACUCCCAAAGACCAAGACCUCGGCAACAACAUCAUCCUCGUCGGCCUGGGCAUCCAAAUCGCCUUCUUUGGGCUCUUCAUCAUCACCACCAUUAUCUUUCAUUUGCGCAUCGCCGCCAACCCGACCGCCAAGUCUUACUCCGUCACCGUCCCCUGGCGCCAGUUACUCUGGGUCCUGUACGUGACCAACACGCUCAUCCUGAUCCGCUCAGUGUUUCGCAUGAUCGAGUACGCCUUGGGUUGGGAUUCCAUUUUGAUGAAGCGCGAGAUGUACCUGCUGGUAUUGGACGGCAUGCUCAUGGUGAUUGUGAGUGUGGCGUUUAUGCGGUAUCAUCCCAGCAAGUUUCUGGUGGGGUAUAAGCAGGUUGGGAUGAGGUCGGCCAUUGAUCUGGAGGGAAGCACGGUCGAGGGCGAUUAUACGAUGACGUCGUAUGGUGGUGGUGGACAGCACCGUCCCAGUACUAACCUCAAGGCGCAUGAUUCUUCUCGGCUGGAGGCGGACAGGAGGGACAGUUUGAUGUUGGGCCAGGGUAGGCACCACCGCCAGACGCCGUCGGAUGACGCGAACUCAUACACUCCGUUGCGCAGAUGAGAGGGUGAGAUGGUGGGCGUGCGAGUCGAGGGGGCUUGAUCCAAGUUCCUUUCUGGUGCGAUCUGGUUAUGCUUGAUUGAGACAGUGGUUAGAUUUUGGUUAAUUGUACUGGGAAAGACAGACGAUUAAUGUCUGUUCAGAACUUCAGCGGGAUGCUAA